AUGGUUGAUUUUACUGAAUCAAUGCCAAAUCGAAUUAACAGUGGAACUAAACAAAUUCAAUAUCAAACAAAAGGUCUGUUUGAAUACCUUGCUCAUACACGAAGUCAACGUAAUGCACGUGAAGAAUUGUUAUGUGUUGCUGUGACCAUGGCCGAUAUUUAUCCAGAUGAAACAUACAAUUUUGUUUAUGGACAAGCUUGA